AGUCGAUGGUCUUUCGUCGACGCACGACGAAGAGUUCUCUUCUAGACACACAGUGUGGAAUUAAGACAGUUCGCCUCAACAUCUCGACGGAUUUUGUUUUGCUUUUUCGGCAACUCGCAGGAAUUUGCAGGCCGUUUUUAUCAGCGAGAACCAAUCACUGGCGUUUCACAUGGUGAUUAAGAGGCCCAACACGGGAUAUUUUAGCUCUUGUGACGCGGUACAAAGUGCAGGGAUCUCAAUAGUGACGGAUGCAAAGGAGGCGAUAAAUCACAGUACAAAGAGUAACUGUAAUCAGCGGAAGAGUUUCGCAGCGCAGCAAAAUUGAGGAUAAUUCUCUCCUUGUGUGGUGUUGUUUUUGUGCACGACGUUUAUCAAAGCCAAAAAAGAGGGGAGUUUAUAUCUCUCUCUCUUCCCAACCACCCCCGAUUAAUUGUGUGUGGGGGAGCAAAAUUUUUGGAGUUUUUUCACGUCGCGAAGGAACAUUCUCAAGACCAGAAUUGAGAGAGGGAGAGAAGAGAGUCCGAGAACUGUUGUGCGCUUCGCAAGUGUGUUUCCUCGUGAGAUAUUGUCCAUCGUUAAAAAUUAAAUGUUCAUCAGCGGAAAACAAAUGAGAUUUUAUAAAUAGAGAUUCAACCAUCCUACACAGUGUUAGACACUUAAGGCGCGCGAUCAAUUCAGCCAAGAUUCACCAUCCGGAAGUUGUAUUUGCAACAAUUGAUUGUGAGUGUGUUGUCAUAGACGACAAAUGUACUAUUUCACACACAAAGUGCUCGAGAGAAGUGUUUUAUGGAUUUUCCACCCGAAUGCUUGAGAACAUAAGUUGGUGCAAGUACUGGAUUACUGUCUUCAAGCGGACAAGUCAACAGACAAUAAAUUCUAUCAUCUAAGCUAAAGCCACUUUUCACACCAUGAAGCUGCUGCCGAUUCCGCCGCUGCCCGCGCUGGGCGCUCCGCCACCGUUGGGCAUCUGGGGACAGGCUUCGGAGAUGCUGUGGCGGUUUCCACACAUGCCCAAUCCGCUGAAUCCGCUCAGCGAGCUCAAGACUCAGCUUCCCGCCCAGCUCACCACAGAUCCGCGCCUGUGGACGCGCGAGGACGUCGGCGUGUUCCUGCGGUGGUGCGAGAGGGAGUUCGAUUUGCCCAAAUUCGAGAUGGAUCUCUUCCAGAUGAACGGCAAAGCGCUGUGCCUUUUGACCAAAACAGAUCUCGCGGAGCGGAUUCCGGGAGCCGGUGAUAUCCUCCACAAUGUCCUGCACAUGCUGGUGCGCGACUCGCAGCUGCUGCACCGUUAUCUGCCCAACAGCCCGGUGACGCCCACGAGCCGCUACCCUCUGUCGCCGCACAGCCAGCCGCCGACGCCCAACUGGACGCAACUGGCGCCGCCGGACAGCCCUCUGCUGCACUCCGUGCACCUGCAGCACCUGAUGACCUCCAACUCCGUGACGCUCAGCCCCGCGCCGUCCGUGGACUCGCAGGGCAGCCCGCCGCGGCCUGACGGCGCUCAGGCGGAGUACACAAACGGCAGCGGCGGCGCGGCGCCCGCCAACGGCGCCGGCAGCUCCGGCAGCGCCCAAUCAGAGUCCGACGAGGACACAUUCACGUACGGCGUGAAGCGCGAGGCGAGCGCCGGCAACGGCAACGCCAGCAGCCCACCGAUCACGCCGCUGCGCAAGGAGGCGCCGACGCUGCCGCAGCAGAUCAGCGCCGUGAUGAACUCCUGGUCCAACCAGCUGUCGGAGAAGUCGGCGUCCGCGCCCAACACGCCCGGCGCCUUCCUGCCCGUGAAGACGGAGUUCUUCCCCGUGAAGAACGAGUUCUUCCCCAAUGACUCACCGGAGCCGAACACAAAUGGUCGUCUCUUGUGGGACUUUCUGCAGCAACUCCUCAACGAUCCUGCCCAGAGAUACAGCAGCUACAUCGCGUGGAAGUGCCGCGACACAGGUGUGUUCAAGAUAGUCGAUCCAGCCGGGCUGGCCAAGCUCUGGGGCAUCCAGAAGAACCACCUGUCCAUGAACUACGACAAGAUGUCCAGGGCGCUGCGCUACUACUACCGCGUCAACAUCCUGCGGAAGGUGCAAGGAGAGAGACACUGUUACCAAUUCCUGCGGAACCCUUCGGAGCUGAAGAACAUCAAGAACAUCUCGCUGCUGCGACAGGCGCCGACGACCACCUCCACAGCCGGCGCUGCCACAGCCACCACGAAUGGCGCCACGUCGUCUCUGGGCGGCGCCAGCACCUCCACAUACUCCUCGGCGUCCUUUCCCUCCUCGCCGAGCGCCUUCCAGACCAGCUUCCACCACCUGUCCGUGUCCAAUGGCGCCAACUAUCCCGUGAAGCGCGAAUAUGUGGACGUGCGCAGCUUCCCGCCCGUGUCGACGGUGAAGAGUGAGGCCAUGGACGUGGGCGCCGAGGACAUGCCCACCGAUCUCAGCAUAGGCGCCGAUCGCAAGUUCGCGCUCUCGCGCGUCGAGCCCGAGUGCUUCCCGCUGAUAAAGAACUCCAACGGCGUGACGACGAUUCAGCUGGUGCAGCGCCAGGAGCACAGUUCCGCGUCCCCGCAGCCCGGAUCCUCGAGUUCCGACCGAGGCUCGCCGAGCGGGGCGGAAAGUGUGGCCCAGAGCGACAGCUCGUCGCCGGCCGAGGACGCGGCGAUGCCCACGGACCUCAGGAAGACGGCCGAGGGCGCCGCCGCGGGCCCCUUCAGCGCCCAGAGCCUCCUCAAGAGCGACAAUAAGUAGAACGGACUCGCCGCG